AUGGGACCAAUGGUUAAAGAUGGAAUGAAAGGGGAAAAUGGAAAACCAGGACCACAAGGAUCUCUAGGACCAAGAAAUGGAGGUGUGGUCUUUACUAGAUGGGGACGUACCACCUGUCCUACAACCAAUGAUACAGAAUUACUCUACCAAGGGAAAGCUGCCGGGAGUCAUUUUGAUCAAUAUGAGGUGGAGCAACUACAUUUAGUAGCAUAUCUAAUGAUACCAGCAAAGACUACAUGUCCUAAAACAUGGACCAGGACCACAGAAUAUCAAGGUUACCUCAUGGCUGAGUUAAAUGAGAACAAACGUAAUGCAGUCUAUGAAUGUGUGAUAAAGAUCCUGAAUCUAUUCCAGGCAGUGCUGCUAACACUAAUGGUGCUUUAUUCUAUCAUGUUCGUGCUGAAUGUAAUGGUAUCUCUGUCCUCCUAUGACAAGGUGAAAGAGCUAGCCUGUGUGGAAUUGGAAUGUUAUCUGCGCUUCCGUAAGAACCCCAUCAACUGGGUCAUUAUUUGGAAUUUCAAAGGUGAAGGUGAAGGUCCUAUUUCUUCCACAAAGGUUGCUUUUGGUGGAGACAUUGAAAGACACAAAAUGGAAUGA